GGUGCGCCUGCGGCCACCCGUGAUAAUCCAUGACCUGCCCUUCCGGGGCCUGCCACACGGUCCUUGCUCAGCUGCAUCGCACAGCUGUCGCUGCCUGCACUUGCUGCCUGCACUGAUUGCAUCGGUUCAACUGCCCGCGCCUGCGUCUUGUUCUCUGCUGCUGACGUCUGGUGCUUCUGUCUCCGCACUCUGCGAGCAUGCGCUGAUCUACUCCUUUGCCAUUUGUCUUUUCCACCGCGCACCUCGCCAUGCUUGCGACCAGGAAGCGCCCGCUGCCCCUGCUGGCUGCCCUCGUCCUCAUUCUCGUCGUCGUCUUUUACCACAGAGGCCAUGCCGACCGCCUGUACCAGCAGUGGUCGGCCUCCAUCGAGUCGCAUCCCGUGAAGCUUCCCUCGAACAGCACGCUUGGUUUUGGCGCUGUCGUCGUCGUCUCGAAACAAGGCUCUGAUCGCCGCCGCGCCCUCCUCCAGGCUGCCAACGUGACCGACAUUGACCUCACCAUCCCAGAGCAGCCGCAGUGGACCGAAGGCGACGUCCAGCGCUUCAUCAACGGCCAAGACAAUGUUCAGCGAGGCUCGAUACUAGCGUGGUUGGGCCACCACAAUGCUCUUCGCUGGUUCCUGGACUCCGGCCACGAGACUGCACUCAUUCUGGAAGACGACGUCGACUGGGACAUCCGUCUUCGCAGCAUCCAGAUCCCACUGGCAGCAAGCGCUGCACGCCAGGUUCUUCCACCACUGCGAUCCUACCACCCUUUUGCCAACUUUGGCAGCAAGCACGUCCACUAUUGGGGCAACCACGAUGACUGGGAUCUGCUCUAUCUUGGCCACUGCGGCGACUACUUUGACGAGAUCACUGGAGAGGGACCGAAGACCGCCAGCAAGCGUUACAACUUGACCGGCACACCGCACGUCCUAUACAAGGACUACACCCUGCCCACGCGAUCUGACCUGCACCCUUUUACACAGGCCUUGUUCGGCGGCCUGCAAAUGCCUGCGCACUCGCGAGUUUUUCACCGCUCCAAAUUUCCCCUCUGCUCUUUUGGAUACGCAGUGACCCGUCCGGCCGCCGAACGACUGCUCAACGACCUCGCACCACCGAAGCUUCGUAAGAAGGGGCCUCGCGCAUUUGACGUUUCGCUCCUGCACGCUUGCAACAAAGGGUCUAAGACGCCCUCGCCUACAGCCAAUUGGAACAACCCGAAACCUCACCCAGACCCCAAACUACGAUACAAGUACGCAAGUCAAGGCCUCCGCUGCUGGACACUCAACUCCGAGCUUUUUCACCACAUGCCAGGGCAGAGCGAGAUCGCAGAGAUUGGCGCAAGAGCUGGAGAAGAACAGGCCGGCCUACCACCCGUUGAUCUGGCCGGCCAAGCGCAAGUCAUCUACCGGAACGAGACGACGAACAUCGACUGCGGUUUCUGGAGCGGUGCAUUCGCAUUCGACGAGAACGAUGCCGAUCGGCUCCGCACACUGCAAGAAAAGGUCGGCAGAGAAGGCAGGUGCCUGAAAGAAGGCCGGCGAGAGGUGGACGGAGCACUGCAGAAGCUCAGGAACUAGGAGCCCGGCGCUUCGCAGUGGUCGCGGUCCUACGACCCUACGCGCGCGCUCAUCGACUGAGUACGCACUAUUGUACAUUUAACAUAUCAGCAGCAUCUAUUAGCGAUUGGCUAUGGCGACGGGAGUUUCAGGCGUAUUUCGAGCAUGGCAUGCUCAUACGAAUUUCUGAUACCAUGCAGCAAGGCUUGCACAUAUGGCGCAUGUAGGCUUUUUGGAUUAAGCUGGCUUUUGGAUUGGAGCAGCGCAGCGCAGCACGAGAAACAGUGAUACCACAGUAGAUGCAGAUCUAGAAUCAAUACCCACGGUCCUACGUACACCUGCCAGUAUCACACCGCCGCCUUUGUGGUUGUGGGUCACACGGAGAGUGC